AUGUCACGUCCGGAGCCGCUGUAUGAGAGAAUGUUUACACGGACAGAUUGGUCCAAGACUUUGCUUCAAUCAGAGUUCUCCAAUCACCCCUGCCGGCCCACGCGUGUUCGUGGAUUGGCUCUCGAGUAUCCGCUAAGAGAAACUUGUGGUCAGAGUUAUCAGUUCAUCCCACACAAACUUACACCUACAAUUCGUGGUACCGAAGCUCGUCAAACGUCCCUUGACGCAGAACGUCAAGGGAUGUUUGGUUCUGUUGUGCUAAUUGCGGACGAUCAUGCAACUGCACACCAGCCUGGUUCCCUGAAGAAGGCUGCAGCGCAACAUACUCAGCAUCCAGCACCUGUCGCGAAAAGUUUUAAGCAAAAACCACUCGCCUCGAGCCUUCCAGGAAGAAUCAAUAGCUUUCCGUAUCGAAGUACUGGUGCAACAGAUGGAACGACUUCGCACUUCUUCUCGAGCUCGGGCUUCCCCUAUCCCGGUAGCUUCGCAAAAAUAACGCCAAUUGAUGCACUUCUUCGCUUCCUCGGUCUAGUCAACUGUCAGACACUCUAUGCUAUUGUCGGAGUUGACAACUUUCACAAACAUUGGAUCGCGAUUGCCUACGUAAGAUGCUUCGCUGCGGUGACAUGCCCACACUAGAUUUUUAUGAAAAAAUGACGUCGGGGGGUCCAAGGGUCCAAUAUAAUGACGAGAUACCGACCUCUAGACUGACGGCGAACACGACGUUCGAGAUGUCAACGAUCUUUGAACUUCGCGGAGUUCCCCGAUAAUUCUGGGAUUGGUUGCAAGAAUCCCUGCUUAAGAUUGAUUAUCGUCAGCCAAAAUUCAUAGAAGACACUCAGUGGCGUGAAUUUGAAACCUUCCGACUAUGGAAUUGUUUCUCCUUCUCGAUGUACUUGGUGAGAGGUCCCAUUGCUUAGCGAUGGCAUGGCAAAGUCCCAGAAAAAUAAUACCAAUUAUGUCAUUGAGUUCUUGUGGUUCCAUCAGUAAAAGGGCAGCAACGGGAGAAAGUGGUGUGGAAUGUGGGCUCGACAGCUGAUUGUCAUCGGAUCAUCAAGGGGAGACACAUGUCAUGUCAUUGCACGUGCGGUACAACGAUGGACACCAGGCACACUAGUAACCGG